GAAGCACAAGUCAGUGGAGUAAGUGGAGGGAUCGGGAUAAAAAAGGAGCCCACGGAGACUUGGCGAUUUUAUAAUAACCUACUCAUUUAGGGACUGAAAGAAGAGGCUUUUUACCAGAAGCGUGGACUAUUAUUACUUUUAUUAUUUUAAGACUUUUUUCAUUCAAAGAUUUCGAGAUGAUGCUGUGGGGCAUCUUUUUGCUGCUGAUGCUUUGGAGCUGUGAGAGUGCGAGAUUGGCAGAGAGCCGCGAUGACAACAGUGUGUAUGAUUUAUUUGACCUGGCUCGGGUAAAUAAAAGACACAAUGGAGUGAGUCUGGUUAAAGGUGCAGAGCCAUACAGCCCCGCAUACAAAGUCCUGAAUGCAGACCUGAUCCCCCCGGUCCCCGACAGCUCCUUCAGGGACCUCCUCGACUCCAUCCAGGCUGAGAGAGGUUUUCUCCUCUUGGUCAAUCUGAAGCAGUUUAAGAAAAACAGAGGCAGCCUUUUAACCAUUGAGAAGACCGACGGAUCUGGACCGGUUUUUGAGGUCAUCUCCAAUGGGAAGGCAAACACCCUGGAUUUGGUCUACUCCACUGAAAACCAGCUGCAGGUGUUUUCUAUAGAAGAUGCGGGUUUAGCCACCGGACACUGGAAGAACAUCACACUGUUUGUUCAGGAGGACAGGGCUCAGCUGUUUGUUGGCUGUGAGGAAAUCAACGUGUCCGAGUUAGAUGUUCCAAUCCAGACGGUGCUGUCCCGGGAGGUGGCAGACAUCGCUAGACUCAGAAUUGGAAAGGGGGCUGCUAAGGACAGGUUUAUGGGCGUUCUCCAGAAUGUGCACUUUGUGUUCGGUACCACUCUAGAUGCCAUACUGAGAAAUAAGGGAUGCCAAAGUGGGGCAGCCCUAACUGAUGUCAUGACCUUGGACAACCCAGUUAAUGGCUCCAGCCCUGCCAUUAGGACCGAUUACACCGGCCACAAGUCCAAAGAUCUGCAGUCUGUCUGUGGCUUCUCAUGUGAUGACAUAGCCAGCAUGUUUAAGGAACUCAGAGGACUCAAUGUGAUCGUCAAAAGGCUGUCCAAUGAACUUGAGAAAGUGUCUACAGAUGGCCAGCUCCUGAAAAAUCUGAUGAACAUCCACAGCGGCAUCUGCAUCCAUAAUGGCAUCGUGCACAAGGACAAGGAUGAAUGGACGGUUGAUGGCUGCACCGAGUGUACCUGCCAGAACUCUGCUACUGUGUGUCGCAAAAUCUCCUGCCCGCUCAUCCCAUGUGCAAAUGCCACCGUUCCUGAUGGAGAAUGUUGUCCUCGCUGCGGAACACCGAGUGAUUACGCGGAGGAUGGCUGGUCUGCCUGGUCGGACUGGACUCAUUGUUCGGCGACUUGUGGCCGUGGCAUCCAGCAGCGUGGACGCUCCUGUGACCGCAUCAACAGCAAGUGUGAGGGCACUUCUGUCCAGACGCGUGACUGCUACCUGAUGGAAUGUGACAAACGCUUCAAACAGGAUGGAGGCUGGAGCCACUGGUCACCCUGGUCUUCAUGCUCUGUGACCUGUGGUGAAGGGGUCAUGACACAAAUCCGCCUCUGCAACUCCCCGACACCACAGAUGGGCGGCAGGGACUGCCAAGGAGAGGGACGCCACACCAAAGUCUGCCAAAUGUCUCCCUGCCCUGUCAAUGGAGGAUGGGGACCUUGGUCACCGUGGGAUACCUGUUCUGUCACCUGUGGCGGUGGAAUCCAAACACGAAAACACCACUGCAAUGACCCUGCGCCCAAAUAUGGUGGAAAAGAUUGUGUUGGUGAUGCUGCUAUGGUUCGGGUUUGCAACAAGCAAGACUGCCCAAUUGAUGGUUGUCUUUCCAACCCGUGCUUCCCUGGCACAAAGUGCACCAGCUCCCCUGAUGGCUCUUUUGCGUGUGGCAAGUGCCCACUUGGCUACACUGGUGAUGGAGUCACAUGCAAAGACAUUGAUGAGUGCAAAGAAGUUCCAGAUGCCUGCCACACUAAUAACGGCAUUCAUCGUUGUGAGAAUACUGAGCCAGGGUACAACUGUCUUCCCUGUCCUGCACGAUUCUCUGGUCCUCAACCUUUCGGAAGGGGGGUGGAGCAAGCAACGGCUAAAAAACAGGUUUGCACUCCUCGUAACCCGUGCAGGGACGGUAGCCACGACUGCCAUAAAAAUGCAAAUUGCAUCUACUUGGGCGUUUACUCUGAGUCGAUGUUCCGCUGUGAGUGCAGACCAGGGUAUGCUGGGAAUGGUCGGAUUUGCGGAGAGGAUACUGACCUGGACGGAUGGCCCAACAGUGACCUGUUAUGUGUGGAAAACGCCACCUAUCACUGCAAAAAGGAUAACUGCCCCACUAUUCCCAACUCUGGCCAGGAAGAUCAUGACAAAGAUGGCCUUGGUGAUGAAUGUGACCAUGAUGAUGACAAUGACAGAAUCCCGGAUGAUAGGGACAACUGCCCAAGGGUGUACAACCCCGGUCAGUAUGACGCAGACAGGGAUGAUGUUGGUGACAGCUGCGACAACUGUGUGUUUGAAGCCAACACCGACCAAACAGACACAGACAACAAUGGAGAGGGAGAUGCCUGUGCUGUUGAUAUCGACGGCGAUGGUGUUCUAAAUGAGCAUGACAACUGCCCAUAUGUUUACAACGUGGACCAGAGAGAUACGGACAGAGAUGGGGUGGGAGAUCACUGUGACAACUGUCCUCUGGAGCACAAUCCAGAUCAGAUUGACUCUGACUCAGAUCGCAUCGGUGACAAAUGCGACAACAACCAGGACAUUGACGAGGACGGUCACCAGAACAACUUGGACAACUGUCCUUACAUCCCCAAUGCCAACCAGGCAGACCAUGACAAGGAUGGCAAGGGAGACGCUUGUGACCAUGACGAUGACAAUGACGGAAUCCCUGAUGAAAAGGACAACUGCCGACUCGCCUUUAACCCUGAUCAGGUGGACUCUGAUGGUGAUGGUCGUGGAGAUAUCUGCAAAGACGAUUUUGACCAAGACAAUGUCCUGGACAUCUAUGAUGUGUGCCCUGAGAACUUUGCCAUCAGUGAAACAGACUUCCGCAGAUUCCAGAUGGUUCCUUUGGACCCCAAGGGUACAUCUCAGAUUGAUCCUAACUGGGUGGUGAGACAUCAAGGCAAAGAGUUGGUGCAGACUGUCAACUGUGACCCCGGCAUUGCUGUUGGUUAUGAUGAGUUCAGCGCCGUGGAUUUCAGUGGGACGUUCUUCAUCAACACAGACAGGGAUGAUGACUAUGCUGGGUUCGUGUUUGGCUACCAGUCCAGCUCUCGCUUCUACACAGUGAUGUGGAAACAGAUCACACAGACCUAUUGGUCUCACACACCAACAAGAGCUCAAGGAUACUCUGGCCUAUCAAUCAAAGUGGUCAACUCCACCACUGGGCCUGGUGAACACCUGAGGAAUGCCCUGUGGCACACUGGAGACACUCCAGGACAGGUGCGCACUCUGUGGCAUGACCCCAAGAACAUUGGAUGGAAGGAUUUCACUGCCUACAGAUGGCAUCUCACCCACAGACCCAAGUCUGGACUUAUUAGAGUGGUGAUGUAUGAAGGAAAGAGAAUCAUGGCUGAUUCUGGAAACAUCUACGACAAAACAUAUGCUGGUGGGCGACUAGGCCUGUAUGUCUUCUCUCAAGAGAUGGUUUACUUCUCAGACCUCAAAUAUGAAUGUAGAGACACAUAACUGCGUCCAAGAACCUCCCAGAAGAAUGUACCAGUGCAGAUCAAUAACUAAUGACCUGCAUGGAUCGAUUCCAGUAGAGCGUUUUUCUUGGAGAAAUGCACGUCGGAAAUAUGUUGAGCAAGUGAGCAGACUUGGGGAAAAGGACCUCAAGAGUUCAAGCCAAAUGAAAGUUAAAACUGCACCAAACUCCACAAAGAAGUGAACUUUAUCAGCUGAUCUCUAUCAAAAGAGGGCCACCUUUUUUUUAAUUUUAAGAUUAUUUUUGCUUUGCACACCUGGACUGUUAUUCCUCUGUGGAUGAGGAAAGAAAGGGAAGAGUUUUUAAUGUUUUUAUUUUGUAUUUUUUGCGUAUGUGUUUUUAUAAUAUUUUUGAGCAUUAACAUACAUCUGCUGUGGACUUAAAGAUGCGUUGCUCAGUAUGAAGAAGGCAGUGGGUGACCUUUUUUUUUUAGGCUGGGGUAAAGAUUCCCUGUGAAGGAACUAUUAAGGGACCACGGACAGUAGGGAUGACUGUUACUAUCAGAGCGAGUGAAUGCUGUGUGUUUGUGCUUUUGUGCCACCCAACAAGCAUAGUGAUGAAGAAAACCAAGACCAGCUCCUUUUGAGUUGUUGCAGACGUGUAGCAGAGCUGGCCCGAAGCAUUGCUCCUCUCAGGAAAGAACGAGCAGAAAAUUCAGGACGGCACGGUGCACCAAGGCAGACACAAAACACUGCUUUGAUACACAAAAAAAGCAAGUUAUGUGUUAAUAUUUCUUAUUUUUACUGAACUCUGCAGUAAUGGGUCUCUGUUUCUGCAGACCUAUUCCUUAUACUUGCUCAACUUACUAUGGUUACAUAUCACAAUCAGUGUGUUAUAUCCCCUAAAUAUUUUCAAGUCACUUCUAAUCAAGAGUAAAAUAGAAAAGUAUUCUGCUUCAGCACAGAGUGCAUGACCGGCGCGUCUGAGUGAGUGUUUCUGACAAUGGGGGAGCCCUUUAUGUACAAACAUUACCUCAUUUUUUUUCUUGAGGCCAGCAAUAUGUAAGACUCACUUGUCAUAGCAAUAGAUUAUAAAUAUGUUGGCUCUUUUUAAAGCAAUUUUUGUAUCUUUGUUAUGCUGUAUAGAAGAUAUUUUUGUAGUAAAAGCUAAACGGGAAAGAGUCACAUGUGUUGUUUUGACAGUUUUUUUUUCUUUGCUAUAUGUAUUUCCUGUGCUCUUGAUAAAUUAUUCAGUUUAUGUUAUUUGUGUAGAUAUAUGCUAUUUAAAUAAUUUAUCUAGAGGUGUAACCUCUCAUGGAAGCAUUUCUAUCUGUAUAAACGUUUUUGCACAGUGA